ACUGCACUGAGUCACUCGUAAUCUUGACAUACUUUGCCAAAAUUUGUUCAACGCACUGCUUUCCUCGUCGUACUGCACCGAGUUCCGCGUAAUCAUGACACACUUUCCCAAAAUUUGUUGAUCUUAUCGCCCGUCAGCUUUGUUCAAAUACCAUGAUCCGAACCUGGUUGUUGAACUUAAUGAAGAAACUGGAUCCAGGACAAUAGAAGUAUCAGAUCAGCACACAGGUUCAUUGGUAUGGUUGUUUGAGAUGGAAAGUGGGGUUGAUACAUCUUUGAUCUUAGGUUCGUUAAUUGAAAAUUGGCUAGUGCUUGCAGCCCAAGAUGACUCAAUGGAUGGGAUGACACAAUUGUAUUUGAUUGAAUGGUAUAUGAGCUCAAAAGCUGAUAUCAGAGUAGAUGGGUAAGCUUUCUUUUACACAAGUUGAAAGAAAGUAUGAUUCCUAAAUUCUUGAAUUUGGUAUGCAAGGUCGAGUGUGAAUUUGACAAGUUGCUCAA